CGGGGCCGGGCUACCGACAUGUUUGGCCGCUCGCGGAGCUGGGUGGGCGGGGGCCAUGGCAAGUCCUCUCGCAACAUCCACUCCUUGGACCACCUCAAGUAUCUGUACCACGUGUUGACCAAAAACACCACAGUGACAGAACAGAACCGGAACCUGCUGGUGGAGACCAUCCGUUCCAUCACGGAGAUCCUCAUCUGGGGCGAUCAGAAUGACAGCUCUGUCUUCGACUUCUUCCUGGAGAAGAACAUGUUUGUUUUCUUCUUGAACAUCCUUCGGCAGAAAUCGGGUCGCUAUGUGUGUGUUCAGCUGCUGCAGACCUUGAACAUCCUUUUCGAGAACAUCAGUCAUGAGACCUCGCUCUAUUAUUUACUCUCCAACAACUACGUCAAUUCUAUCAUUGUCCAUAAGUUUGACUUUUCCGAUGAGGAGAUCAUGGCGUAUUAUGUAUCGUUCCUGAAAACACUCUCGUUAAAACUCAACAACCACACUGUCCAUUUCUUUUACAACGAGCACACUAACGACUUUGCCCUGUACACAGAAGCCAUCAAAUUUUUUAAUCAUCCCGAGAGCAUGGUUAGAAUCGCUGUGAGAACCAUAACGUUGAACGUCUACAAAGUGUCAUUGGAUAACCAGGCAAUGCUGCACUAUAUCAGAGAUAAAACUGCCGUUCCCUACUUCUCCAAUUUGGUUUGGUUCAUUGGGAGCCACGUGAUCGAACUGGACAACUGUGUGCAGACAGAUGAGGAGCACAGGAAUCGGGGUAAACUGAGUGACCUCGUGGCUGAACACCUGGACCACCUGCACUAUCUCAAUGACAUCCUCAUCAUCAACUGUGAGUUCCUCAACGAUGUGCUCACCGACCACCUGCUCAACAGGCUCUUUCUGCCCCUGUACGUCUACUCGCUGGAGAACCAGGACAAAGGAGGAGAACGCCCGAAAAUCAGCCUUCCUGUUUCUCUCUAUCUUCUCUCCCAGGUCUUCCUAAUCAUCCAUCAUGCACCCCUGGUAAACUCGCUCGCUGAGGUCAUUCUCAAUGGAGACCCAUCUGAGAUGCACACCAAGAUGGAGCAGGACGUUCAGAGAAGUUCUGCCAAGCCCAGCAUUCGGUGUUUCAUAAAACCCACCGAGACACUAGAGCGGUCGCUUGAGAUGAACAAGCACAAAGGCAAGAGGCGGGUGCAGAAGAGACCCAACUACAAAAACGUUGGGGAGGAGGAAGAUGAGGAGAAAGGGCCCGCGGAGGAUGCCCAAGAAGACACCGAGAAGACUCAAGGUACAGAGGGUGGUUCAAAAGGCCUCAAGACGAGUGGGGAGAAUGAAGAGAUAGAGAUGGUGAUCAUGGAGCGCAGCAAGCGUUCAGAAGUGGCCACUGGCGCCUCCAUGCGGGAGCAGAACACCACGGAUGAGGAGAAGAGUGCGGGCUGUAGCGACACCUUACAAUGGAACAGACCCUUCCUGGAUAUGGUGUACCUCUCCCUGGACAGCCCUGAGGAUGACUACCAUGCCCUUUUUGUGCUCUGCCUCCUCUAUGCCAUGUCCCAUAACAAAGGCAUGGAUCCGGAAAAAUUAGAGCGAAUCCAGCUCCCGGUACCAAAUGCACCUGAGAAGACCACCUACAACCAUCUCCUGACCGAAAGGCUCAUCAGGAUAAUGAAUAAUGCGGCCCAGCCAGACGGGAAGAUCCGUUUGGCGACGCUGGAGCUGAGUUGCCUGCUCCUAAAGCAACAAGUCCUGACCAGCAGCUGCUGCAUCAUCAAGGAUGUGCACCUGGCCUGCCUGGAGGGUGCCAGAGAAGAAAGUGUUCACGUGGUGCGGCAUUUUUAUAAGGGAGAAGAAAUUUUCCUGGACAUGUUUGAAGAUGAGUACAGGAGCAUGACGAUGAAGCCCAUGAAUGUGGAGUACCUCAUGAUGGAUGCCUCCAUCCUCCUGCCCCCGACGGGUACCCCACUGACGGGCAUCGACUUUGUGAAGCGUCUGCCGUGCGGUGACGUGGAAAAGACCCGACGGGCCAUCCGGGUGUUCUUCAUGCUACGUUCCCUGGCGCUGCAGCUGCGAGGCGAGCCCGAGACCCAGCUGCCACUGACCAGAGAGGAGGAUCUGAUCAAAACUGACGACGUUUUGGAUCUGAAUAACAGCGACCUGAUCGCGUGCACAGUCAUCACCAAGGACGGCACCAUGGUCCAGCGGUUCCUGGCUGUGGAUAUUUACCAGAUGAGUUUGGUGGAGCCCGACGUGUCCCGGCUUGGCUGGGGAGUGGUCAAGUUUGCAGGUCUUCUGCAGGAUAUGCAGGUGACGGGCGUUGAGGACGACAGCCGUGCCCUGAACAUCAUCAUCCACAAGCCUGCAUCCAGCCCCCAUUCCAAGCCCUUCCCAAUCCUCCAGGCCACCUUUGUCUUCUCAGACCACAUUCGCUGCAUCAUCGCCAAGCAGCGUCUGGCCAAGGGCCGCAUCCAGGCCAGGCGCAUGAAGAUGCAGAGGAUAGCUGCCCUCCUGGACCUCCCAAUCCAGCCGACCACUGAAGUCCUGGGGUUCGGACUCGGGUCCACCGCUCCCACCCAGCACCUGCCGUUCCGCUUCUAUGAGCAGUGCCGCCGGGGCAGCAGCGACCCCACGGUGCAGCGAUCCGUGUUUGCCUCUGUGGACAAGGUGCCAGGUUUCGCGGUGGCUCAGUGCAUAAACCAGCACAGCUCACCCCCCGUGUCCUCCCCGUCCCCGCCGUCCACCAGCGGAAGCCCGAGCAGCAGCAGCAGCCACUGUGAUUCAGCCAGUGCCAGCUUGUCGUCCACACCCUCCGCGGCCCAGAGCCCAUCAGAUCACCCCAAGACUCCGGAGCAGCCUCAGCCUUACCUUCCCGACCAGUUAAUGGUCGUCCACGAAACGGAAGCAGACCCCACGCCCAGCAAGAGCCUGGGGAGGAACCCAGAGGCAGAAACAGCCACCCUGCCCCCCAGCCUCACCCCUACGCUGCAGCCCACCAUCUCCCUGCUCUGUGAGGACUCAACUGACACACUGAGUGUGGAGUCACUGACCCUUGUCCCCCCUGUGGACCCCCACAGCCUCCACACUCUCACCACCAUCCCCUCACCUCCCACAGCUGCCCCGGAUGAGGAAGCUGAUCCUCCGGAGCCAGCAGGCCCCAGCGAGCACUGA